CAGGGACAACAACACACGUUUGCAAAUUCAGGUGACUGUUUCAAAAAUAGCCAAUCAGAACGAAAUUUUUGGGGGAUCGUCUCCCUCUCUCUCUGUCUUUCGCGGAGCAGGCACGUCCAUUGCAUUUCCCCCCCCCCCUCCUCCGAUAAACAAAAUUAUCACGCGUUUCUGUAUUGUUCAAGUUCUUCUCAAUUUCGUGUCAUAACACCAGUCUGACUUGUCAUCUAACAUAGAAUUUUAGGGGUAAGAUUGACGUUAAAGAUUAUGCAGUGUAUAAUUUUAAUGUUGCUACACCAGAUAGGGUAUCAUCAUCCAUGACAACGCAUGGCUCUCGCUUAACGGGACAUCCUGGCCUUAUUCGUUUUUGGAUAGAAUGGACUGCAGCCUUCUUUUUUAAUUCGAUUCAGCAGCGCAGAGAUUUAUUGGCUAUUACGAAGGUCAAAUCAAAGGAUGAUUGUGCUUAUAUUACGCAAUGUAAGGGAAACCGCAAAUAGUGUAUUAGACAAACCAUAAUGUUGGCCGGAGGUGGUGACAAGAAGUAAAAGAUCAUCUUUUGAUCUGGGAGUAUAUACUACUUACGUCAGCCAUCAACGAGUAUGGCAAGUGUAUGUACUGCAAGACAGUACCAUUGGUGACCGACAAUAGCUGGCAUAUCUACUGUCCGUAUCAUAUUCGAAGUUAAGAUGCUAAUUUGUUAUCAGUGAC